AUGCCCCUCAGCUACGAAAUCUUCAUCACGCCCCAGAUCGACCAAGCGCCGACGGUGCCCAUCCCGACGGGCGAGACGCCGCAGUGGCAGCCGCUGUCGACGACCCUCAUCAGCGGCGACCGCGACGCCGUGCUCGUCGACCCGCCGUUCACCGUCAACGAAACCGCCGCCGUCGCGCAGUGGUUCGCGAGCAAGAACAAGCGCCUGACGCACAUCUUCGUGACGCACGGGCACGGCGACCACUGGUUCGGCGCGCCGGCGCUCAUCGCGCAGUUCGGGGGCGAGGUCGUGGCCUCGCAGGGCACGAUCGGCGAGAUGGCCAAGAGCGUCGCCUUGAAGCCCGUGCUCUGGGAACGUCUCUUCCCCGGCCAGAUUCCCCCGGAAACGCCACUCACCGCGAAAGCGGCGACCUCCAUCGAGCUCGAGGGCGAGACACUGCGCAUCAUCGAGGCGGGGCACAGCGACACGGACGCGAGCACCAUGCUCCAUGUGCCCAGCCUUGGGUUGCUGGUCGCCGGCGACAUCGUGUAUAACGGCGCGCACCAGUACCUCGGCGAAGGGACCGGCAACGGGCUGCACGAGUGGCUCAAGGCGCUCGACAUUGCGGAAAGCUAUAACCCGCGUGUCAUUAUCGCGGGGCACAAGGUCGCUGGCACCGACGACGACGCGGCGCGGGUUAUCGGCGCCACGCGCGAGUACCUGCAGGCCGCGAUCGCGCUGCGCGAGACGGAGAAGGACGCGGCGAGUUACUACGCCGCGCUGAGGGCCAAGUUCCCCGACCACAUCAACCCGAAUGCUGUGUGGCUCUCUGCGCUGGCUUUGUACAAGUAG